CUGGUGCCCAGAGAAGCCUUGACCACAAAGAGACCACCAGGGCUCGCUGGGGUGGGGGCUUUGGCCACAUGGGUGUGGAUCGGGGCAGGCUGCCUGGAGGAAGGGACCUUGGAACUGUCAGGUGGGCGUUGCUGACAGAGGCAGAAAGCAGCAGACUAGGCCAGGGUCCAGCCUGCCCUUUGUGAUGCCUGUCUCUGGCUGCCUUGGUUUCUCCUUCUACCCCUGCCCAUCCCCCCACCCCCUACUCAGAACCCUGACCACUGGGCGGGCCGUAGGCUAGAACCUGCUGCCCGGAGUAACCAGGCAAACAGAACUCCAUGGGACUCCGAGCCUGUUCUCCGGGUGGGCUGCCUGUGCUCCCACCUGCUGCUCUCCUGGCCUGCCCCAGCUGGGCCCCCCGCCUCCCCAUGCAGCACCCCAAACCCUACUACGCCCCUGCAGCUCCCCAAGAAGUCUUCAGCCCCCAGGGCCUGGACGGCAGCGAGGGGCCAGGCAGCCAGCCCAUUCCAGCCUGCACCGAGCCCCUUCCCGCUGUGGGUAUGAGUCAGGGAGUGGCAGGUUCCUCCAACCUGUAUCAACCCCCAAACCCGGAGAAAGAGGUGUUCGCGGCCCCUCCGGCAGGUUUCCAGAUGGCACCCUGCGGCUGCUUCUUUGACCCCCGCAUUUACCGAAUCGAGUGGGCCACCAGCGACUUCGGCCAGUCGCCCCUGUACAAGCUGGCAGCAGUGGGCGGGGGGGCACCGGCAGGGGGCGCCCCCUCAGCGGGCACCUACCUCCUAGAGCCCCAGCACUACCUCAAAGCCCCAGUGCCGCCCCCACCAUAUCCCCACUUCCAGCCCGCACCGGGGGGCCCACAGUACCUCAUGCCCUACUUCCCACCCGAGGGGCCCAGGCCCGAGGCCCUGGGCUUCGUGGGGGAUGGGGCGGCCCCCCCCUUUGUGGAGUUGCCCCCGCCCCUGCUCAAGGAAGGCCUGGUGCCCCCACCACCGCCACUGCCCCCCAAGGAGAACAAGCUGCCCCCUCUGCUCAUCACGCUGCCUGCCGAGGCCGCGCUGGCACCUGGCACCUACGGCCCCCGCAAGGGCCGCCUGAGCCAGUUCCACGGGCCCGGGGAACCCCUGGCCUUCCCUGCCCAGGAGCUGCGGGGCGGUGGAGCCGGGCUGGGCCUGCUGUACCCACCAGCUCAUGGAGAGCCCAAGGCGGCCGAGGUGGGGGUGGCCCCACCGGGGGCAGGCGAGGCCCGACGCCCGGAGGCAGCCGGGGCCUUUGUGCUGCCCGAGAAGGUGCCGCUGGAGGACGCCAUGAAGCUCUUCGACUGCCUGCCAGGGGGCGCCGAGCCCCAGGGGUCCUCGCGCAAGGCCCCCGUGCCAGCCCUGCCUGACAGCAGGGGCGGUGGGGACGACGCCUCCGGUGACAUUCGCUCGCUGCACCUGCCAGAUGAGCUGCUGUCGUUUGACUACAGCGUGCCCGAGAUCCUGGACACCGUGUCCAACGUGGACUACUUUUUCAACUUUAAGGCGCUCGACGAGGAGCCGCCGCCCCGCCUGGGGCCCCCUGUCGCCACCACCGCGGGCCCUGCACCUCGGGCCGAGCCCUCCAGCAAGAGAAAGGCCUCCGCCAUCAAGAAGGGGCGGCAGGGGAGCAAGAGCAAGCAGGCCUUAGGCCUGGCCAGUGCCACCCCUUCGGGACCCAGGCCGGACCUGGGGACCACCCCUCAUUAAAGUGGAUUUGAUCUCA